UGAAGUAUCUCAUUGCCCAGUACAAAAUGUACCAGCUUUUAGUUAUUGUAACUCUUUUUACUUUUGCAACAUCAAGUGUUAUUUUGACCGACAAGGAAUGGACACUGUUUAAGGAAACUCAUGGCAAAACUUAUCUCAAUUCCGAGGAAGAAACUUAUCGAAAGAAUAUUUUCAAUGAAAAUUUGAAGAAAAUUAAACUUCACAAUGAAAAGGCCAUUCGAGGUGAACACAGUUAUCAAUUGGGAAUCACAAAGUUUGCUGAUUUGACAAUCAAUGAAACGAAAAUGCCUGAGAUAGAAGUGGAACCACAACCAUUAGAUGUUAAAUUUCAUCAUAAAUCGUAUUUCAAAGCUCCAGAAUCAGUUGAUUGGAGGACAAAAGGUAUCUUGACUAGGAUUAAAGAUCAAGGUGCAUGUCCAUCUUGUUGGGCAUUUACUGGUGCAGCAGUAAUCGAAGCAGCCUAUGCUCAAGCAACCGGUAAACUGGUUAAUCUUUCAGCACAAGAUAUACUAGACUGUGCUCCUAAAUCCAAAGGCUGCACUAUAGGAUUUGUGAGCACCGGUUACCAAUAUGCAAUGAGUAAAGGAUUACGUCUAGAAAAUUGUUACCCGUAUGAAUCACAUGAUGACUUAUUUGGUCAAAAGGCUUGCAAAGUCAACUCUGAAUGUGACAGGAUUAAAAUAAAAGAUUUUGUAUACGUUCCAAGGUACAACGAGAAUGCUCUCCGUGAUGCUGUUGCUGAGCAUGUUGUCGCUAGAUACAUUUACGCAGAUCUGCAGGAUUUCGUGUUUUACAAAGAAGGGAUUUAUAAUAGUCCUAAUUGCCCUAAAGAUAAAAUUACCCACUUGGUUCCAAUAGUCGGCUAUGGAACUGAAAAUGGAACUCCUUAUUGGAUCUUCAAGAACAGUUGGGGGGAACAUUGGGGUGAAAAUGGUUACGGUCGAAUAUUGAGAGGAAACAAUACUUGUGGAAUUGCUAUUUACAACUCAAGUUACCCAAGAAUCUGAUGCUCUCUUAAAUCAAUGUAAUUUCAAUCAAAUACUAACUUAUAUUUUUGUCAAUAAAAUCAGAUCAAAUAAUUA